UCUCUUUCGCUCGCGCGCGCGCGCACGCCGCCGCAACGUGAGUGGCAGCGGUUGCAACCGUUGUCCUGGCGCGUGGGUGUCGGGAACGCGCUGUUCCGAGGCUCAGGAGGAGAAGAGGAAGAAGAAGAAGAAGAGGUGCCUUUCCAGGCGGAGAUUUGAUCCAGAAAAUCUUGAAAUGAAGCAAUUGCCAGCAGAAACUGUCCGACUUCUUUCAAGUUCACAGGUUAUCACAUCAGUUGUCAGUGUGGUCAAAGAACUGAUAGAGAAUUCUUUAGAUGCUAAUGCAACAAGUGUGGAUGUUAAGUUGGAAAACUAUGGUUUUGAUAAGAUAGAGGUGCGAGAUAAUGGCGAUGGGAUCAGGGCAGCUGAUAUCCCUGUCAUGGCAAUGAAACACUACACCUCAAAAAUAAGCUCUUCUGAAGACCUUGAAAGCUUGAUAACAUAUGGUUUUCGUGGUGAAGCUUUGGCCUCAAUUUGUUCCACAUCAGAGGUUCUGAUCACAACAAAAACAGCAGAUGAAGAUUUUAGUACCCAGUAUAUUUUGGAUAAAAGUGGUCACAUAAUUUCUCAGAAGCCAUCUCAUCUUGGACAAGGUACAACUGUAAUAGUUCUGAAGUUGUUCAAGAAUUUGCCUGUAAGAAAGCAGUUUUAUUCAACAGAUAAGAAAUGCAAGGAAGAACUCAAAAAAAUUCAAAAACUUCUGAUGGCAUAUGGCAUUAUAAAACCAGAACUAAGGAUCGUGUUUACACACAACAAGGCAGUAAUAUGGCAAAAGACCAGGGUAUUGAAUCACAAAAUGGCUUUCAUGGCAGUAGUGGGAGCUGCUGUUAUGGACAGCAUGGUAUCUUUUCAACACCAUUGUGAAGAUUCUGAGGUUCUUCUCAGUGGCUUCCUUCCAAAGCCUGAUUCAGAUGGUUGUUUAACAAGUUAUCCAAGUUCAGAAAAAAGCUUCAUUUUUGUAAACAAUCGGCCAGUGUAUCAAAAAGAAAUUCUCAAGCUGGUUCAACAAUACUAUAAACUGAAGUUGCACACGGAUUCUAAUCGUCUGUAUCCUAUUUUCUUAAUCAACAUUACUAUUCCUCCAUCUGCUGUGGAUGUCAAUAUAACGCCAGAUAAAACACAAGUAUUGCUGCAUAAUCAGGAAUCUAUCUGCCUUGCUGUUGAAAAUAUCUUGACUUCACUGUAUGAACCUGUAACAGGAGCUCUUUCUUGUGAAACUAGUAAGACAGAUAUUUUAGAAGAUACUUCCAUUAACGAAACAGAACAAACAGUGUAUGAUAGUGAAAUUGUAUCUUGCAGAAAUAUGAAUCAGCAAGCAUGUGUGUCUUUGCUUUCAUCUAAGAGUGAUGGGGAAAAUAGUAAAAGUGAAAAAUAUACAGAGCUCCAUUUGAAUAAACAAACAUUGUGUAAUAAUCUAUCUCAGUAUUUUCCUACCAAAAAAGAUACAUCUGGCAGCAUUAUAGCUGGUUAUGAUAGAUUUCUGGAUGUCACACUAAAUGAUUUAUCAUGUGAGGACCAACAGAACAAAUCUAAAGGAAUAUUUAGCCUAGACAGCAAUACCUUAAUGGACACUCAUUUUGAAAAUGGCAUUGAGAAUGAUCUGAACAAUGACAGUUUCUUGGAAACAGAAAAAAGAAAUGGAGUCAUCAUUCCAAAAGAAUCUUCUGAAGUCACUGCUGAUCAAUGGAGUCUGGGGAAUGCAUUCAAAAAUUCCAGAGGAGAGAACCUGGAGCCUAUUCAGAUUUUAAUUCCUAAAGGUGGAGGAGUACAACCUCAGAAGAAAAAUGAUGAAGACCAACAAAAACUUCAGGAGGAAAAUAACAGCCAAACUAUUAAAAAAACCAAUGUGGUAAAUGAUAAAGUGGGGCAAAUUACAGCAUAUGAUAUAAUUAGCAGUCAGAUAAUAAAGAAACCGAUGACAGCAUUUGCCUUUUUUACUCAAGACCAUCGGCCUAGAUUGUUGACUGAAAAUACCAACGCAAGUACAGAACAGCUAAUGUUGAAAAUGGAUGAAAUGUGGAAGACACUGAAUGAACAAGAGAAAAAGAAAUACGAAGAAAAAGCUGCUAGAGACCUGGAUCGAUACAGAAAGCAAAGCAGAAAAGCUGUGGACCAAAACACGAAGAGAUCAACAACAGAAAAAGAGAAAAUGCAUAAACCUAGACUCAAAGACUGUUUGUCUAAUCAGCCAAAACUUGACAAACUUUUUUAUUCUCAGAUGGAAAAGAAACAGAAUAAUUGUCAAGCAAUAAAAAUCGUAAAAGUGCCCUUCUCUAUGGAUUCAUUCAAACAGAAACUGCAUAUGUUUGAACAAAAUGAAUAUGAUAAAGAUGAACCUUGCCUAAUUCAUCUUCUGAAUUUUCCUGAUGCAUGGAUAAUUGCCUCUGAGAAAAAGAUAAUGAUGCUGAAUCCAUAUAGAAUAGAAGAAGCCCUUCUGUUUAAAAGACUUCUUGAAAAUCAUAAACUUCCUAUAGAAAAGCUGGACAAACCAAUCGUAUUAACUGACAGUCUUCCUAGUGGGUCUAAAUAUAUGGACGUUCUUUGCAACAUGCCCAAGGAAAGUGUACAAUUUGAUGGCUCAUCCUAUUUGUUGGAUUCAAGACUUACAGCAAAUGGAUUUAAGAUAAAGAUAAUACCAGGUACUGCAGCUACAGAAAAUCAGCUGGAAAUAGUAGGAAUGGCUAACUGUCUGCCAUACUAUGGUAUAUCAGAUCUGAAAGAAAUUCUCAAUGCUGUGAUAAAUAAAGAGGCAAAAGAAAUAUAUGAGUGUCGGCCUCUUAAAGUGGUAAAUUACCUGGAGGGAGAAGCUGUGCGACUCUCCAGACAGUUACCGUUAUAUUUAUCAAAGGAAGAUGUGCAGGACAUUGUAUAUAGAAUGAAGAAGCUACUUGGAAAUCAAGAGAAAAGCUGUGUUCAUGGCCGUCCACUUAUUCAUUAUUUAACAGAUAUUCCAGAGUAACUAGCAAAGAAAUAUUUCAUUUGAAAUCUUAUUUCACAGUUUUAUGCAAGUUACAAUAUAACAUUUCACUCUUUUAUAAGAACAUGAAUACUAAAGUCAUGUACCUGUUUUGUACUGUAUUUUGAAAUAAUUCCUCUUUAUAAAAAAAUGCAAAUAUUUAAAACUGAUAAUAAUAAUAAAUAAUAAUAAUAAAAUAAUAAUAAAACUGAACAAAGUUCAUGGAGCAAAGUAUAUCAUGCAAAACCAUUCCUAUAUUUUAAAAAGAAAGCAAAGAAGAUGGAAUGUGUCAUUUAAUAGCAACAGUAGAAUUAAUAAUAGAGUAAAAUUGGAGAGAAAAACAUCACUUCGGUCAAGGCUGUUUGUAAUGACAUUAUUUUCCUCAAAGUUUUUCAUUGUUCAGAUUCCACAAAGAGAUAUAUGUGCAGAAGCAGCUUCUUGACAUUAUGUUGUUGGCACUGUAGACAAUAUGGAUUGUGUACACUUGUACACUUAAAACCAAAUGCAUCUUUCUAUGAAACCAAAUGCAUCUUUCUAUGAGUGUAGGGUCUUAUAAAUUUAAUUAUAUAAUUAAAUUAUGCUUUAGCAUAACAGAACACUAAGAGAACCCAGUCAUAUUUCAAAAGAGGAUAGUGAGCUAUGUAGUAUGUAACAAUUUAUUUGUAUUAGAAUGAGGUGGCCAUCUUGUUUGUAAAUAGAGUAUUCUAUUAGUAUGUAGCUAUGAUAAAAGGCUACACAUAUUGUAGUCCUUACAUAAUGAAUUAUUUUCUGCUUGUGAAUCGUUGCUAAUAAAGGAAUGUAUGAGACCAGAAAUAAAGCAGAUUUUGAAGGUUA